AUGCGAAAUUUUCUAAUUGCCCUGGUGUUCUUGGCCCUGAUUUGGGUGGAGGUGGAUGCCCGUCUGGUGAGGGUUCGCCGGAUCAGAAGAUUGGUCGGCGCCACUGAGCGGGAUGCCCAGAUAACAGACUUCCGGGUUUCGCCCUUGGAUGACGAAGGAGUGUUCAAGUACGCCUUUAAGACCAGCAAUGGAAUCGAUGUACAAGCGGCAGGAUCUCCGCUGGAGACCAUUGGCAUCUAUAGCUACACCUCACCGGAGGGCGAUCCCAUCGAGACGCGCUACAUAGCCGAUGAACUGGGUUUUCAUGUAGUGGGUCGCCAUCUGCCGCAGCCACCGCCCACUCCGGACUAUAUUCUGCGAUCCUUGGAAUACAUUCGCACACAUACCGAGGAUGGCAAGCUAAAGACGCCGCACUUCUUGUGAAGUUCCUGACUGGAUUCUAUCCACCAUACACAUCAACUUGGAUGCAAGUGUCCGUGAAGAAGGCUGAACAUACCAUAGCAUGUACUAAUCACCAACUAACUUUAGUAGCUUAAGACUUAAGACCUAGGCUAAGUUGUUGCUAGAUGUUCUAAGCACUUCCAAAUGCGCAAAUGUUUCUUGCCCUCGGGCUGUUCUGCUUGGGUUAUAAAUCAAUCCAUCCAUCCAUUGAUUCUUUCACGGCGUGAAUUUACGGUCUUCGUGCCCAUAAAGAGCGAACAAUGGGGCUCGACCAAACAGAAAACACAAAGUAAACACAGAGAA